UGCAAACAAUUAUAGGCUGUUCAGCUAAAAUGAUCUCCAAUGCUUUAAAAUGGAGAGCAAAACCAGAGACACGUGGCAGAAAACAGAAGACAACCAUCUAAAUGGAUGGAAGAAUAACCAGAAUGGCAAAGGCUCAGCCAAUGAUCAGCUCCAGGAUGAUCAAAGACAGUCUGGAGUUACCUGUAAGUGCUGUGACAGUUAGAAGACGUCUGUGUGAAGCUAAUCUAUUUACAAGAAUCCCCCACAAAGUCCCUCUGUUAAAAAAAAGACGUGCAGAAGAGGUUACAAUUUGCCAAAGAACACAUCAACUGGCCUAAAGAGAAAUGGAGGAACAUUUUGUGAGCUGAUGAGAGUAAAAUUGUUCUUUUUGGGUCCAAGGGCCGCAGACAGUUUGUGAGACGAGCCCCAAACUCUGAAUUCAAGCUACAGUACACAGUGAAGACAGUGAAGCAUGGUGGUGAAGCAUCAUGAUAUGGGCAUGUUUCUCCUACUAUGGUGUUGGGCCUAUUUAUCACAUACCAGGGAUCAUGGAUCAGUUUGUAUAUGUCAAAAUACUUGAAGACGUCAUGUUGCCUUAUGCUGAAGAGGACAUGCCCUUGAAAUGGGUGUUUCAACAAAACAAUGACCCCAAACACACUAGUAAACCAGCAAAACCUUGGUUUGGAAUAACAGCUGAAAGGUGCCACAAGUUGGUUGACUCCAUGCUACACAGAUGUGAAGCAGUUAUAAAAAAAACUGUGGUCAUACAACUAAGUAUUAGUUUAGUGAUUCACAGGAUUGCUAAAUCCAAGAAACAAAAAGUUUGUACAAAAUAGUUUUGAGUUUGUAAAGUCAACGGCAGACACUGCUAUUUUUUUUAACACACCCCUUUCAACUAAUUGCCCAAUUGCACAGCCUUAAGAGCGUGCACAUCAUGAAUGCUGGGUCUUGUUGGUUUUCUGAGAAUCGACUGCAGCUACUGGUACCUUGUUUGCCAUGUAGAGAUAAAAAAUAUACUAAAAACCUGGAAUAAUCUGGUUAGUCACAUUGGACUGCUAUUAUAUUGAACACUACUGUACAUCAUUAAUGGUUAUUUUACUGUCCUCCCUCAGUGAAAGAUAAAAACAGCCUACAUACAGUAGAGUGAAGACAAGAGUUAAUGCUGCCCACUCAGGGUCACUGACAAAUUAGCUUGUGCUCUUAGAUUUCAGCAGUCAGACAAAACAAUGCACUGGAACAAAGGCAGAGCUGACUGAAAUUAGCACUAUUUAACUGUAUUUCAUGUGCAGCUUAGCUGUGUAUUUUUUUAUUAUUCAAUGCUUAGAAAUAAUGAGAUAAUAAGCUGGCAACAUCACCAUCUUGUCCUCUUGUUUGGCAGGUACACUGUAAAAAAUGUCUGUAGAUAUGUCGGUGAAAAACUGCUAAACCAUGACAGUAAAAGACCGUAAAAUGAUAAAUGGGUUAUUUCAGUUUCAGUAACAGUGAAACACUGUAAAUGUAUAUAUCAGUCAAAACAGUGUUUUUUUACUUUUUAUUUUAAUUUUAAAUACAUUGCUCCGCUGUAAAAUUCACUGGCACCGUGUUUGUUGCAAAAAUAUCUUGCAAUAUAUAUAGAAGCCAUCAUUUUUGCAUUCAUUUUUUUCUAAAAAAUAUUUUUUCUCACUGUUAAAUGUACUAGACACCAUAUCUCCAGCAGAAAUAUACUGUACUAUUUAAUGGUAAAAUAUUUAAUUUAUGCAGCGUUUAUAAAGUAUUUUCUUGUCAAGUAUAUGGCAGAACAGUGUUUCUUUAGAUGGAAAAACUUUUGAUUUUUUACUGUAAAAUACGGACUAAAAUGGCAAUUCUAAACGUUAAAUCAACAGUGCUAAUAUAAUUUUACCGUAAUAUUAGAAAACGUUGCACCGUAUUUAUUACGGUAAAGUUCUGGCAACCACAGCUGCCGUUUUUUUUUUUUUUUUUUUACCGUAAAAACAACAGUUUUUUAAAAGUGUAUAAUAAGGUCAGGAGUGGGGUUAAAUCGGGUUAAAUAAACAGACAAAUGACCUAAAUGAUUAUGAACGUCUGCAAUGUAGCCAACGGGGCAAAGGACACUUUUUUAAAGCAUAAUGUAGUGAUCUUAUCAGUAAUAAACAAGUUUAUCACUUUGUUUGCACGCACAUUGCUGAUCGCAAGUCCAAACUAAUGCUGUCAGUUAAAUGCAGUUCCGUGUGGAAGGGAGGAAGGGUGAGUAAACGGAAAUGACUGAGUUUAGUGUACUGCAGGACAAAGCAGUUCUCUAAUAAGACUUCUCCUGUUCGGACAAACAUAACAAACCACAAUGAAGCUGAUCUACUGCUGCAGUGCCUUGCUCCUGCUCCUGCUUAUUCCCAGAGCCUGUGAAGGUGGCAACAUCUUGGUCUUUCCCAUUGAGGGCAGCCACUGGGUGAACAUGGAUAUUCUACUUCAAGCCUUGCACUCGAGAGGACACAAUAUAACUGUUGUACGUACCAGCAAAAGUUGGUUCAUUAAGGAGAAAUCGUCUUACUACAAUUCCUAUACAGUUCAAGUGGAAAGGAGCUUAGAUCAGAAGUUCUUGACAGAUAUUUUAUUUAAGUCUAUUGAAUUUGAAAGGGGGGCUAUUUCCUUGACAAGUUUUCUCUACAUUAGUGUAGAAAUGUUCGGCACGUUUGUUGAAGCUCAACGAGCUGUGGGUGAAUCUAUAACGGCAAUGCUAGAUGACCAAGAGCUGUUGAGAAACAUGAAGGACAGCAAGUUUGACCUGGUACUCACUGAUCCCUGUGGGCCAGGCGGAGUAAUUUUGGCCAAAUAUUUAAACAUUCCUUUGGUUUAUAAUGUACGGUGGCUAAUAGCUGGAGAGGGCCAUCUUGCUAUUGCUCCUUCACCAUUAUCAUAUAUUCCUAUAACAGGAUCUGGAUACACUGAUAAGAUGACUUUUUUUCAAAGAGUUAAAAACUUUGUUUUGUAUCUAUUGUCAAAAACACAUAAUGAGCUGGUGAUGAGGCUAAUGUACCAGAAAAUGUGUGACAAAUAUCUUGGGCCUGACAAUGACCUUCAUAUGUUAAUGCUUGAUGCAGACAUCUGGCUCAUGAGAGUGGACUUUGUGUUUGAGUUCCCCCGUCCCACCAUGCCUAACGUUGUCUAUAUGGGAGGGUUCCAGUGUAAACCAGCAAAACCUCUUCCUGAACACCUGGAGGAGUUUGUGCAGAGUUCAGGAGAGCAUGGGGUCAUCAUCAUGUCUCUGGGGACUUUUGUGAGUGAACUUCCUGCUGAUCUUACAGAAUACAUUGCUGCAGCUUUUGCUAAAUUACCUCAGAAAGUCAUCUGGAGGCAUAAAGGUGACAGACCAGCCUCUCUGGGCAACAACACAUUAAUAGUUGACUGGAUGCCUCAGAAUGAUCUUUUAGGACAUCCAAAAAUGAAACUAUUUGUGGCUCAUGGAGGAACAAAUGGAGUUCAAGAAGCUAUUUAUCACGGAGUCCCAGUUGUGGGUCUACCCUUGUUUUUUGACCAAUAUGACAACCUGCUGCGUCUGCAAGAGAGAGGAGGAGCUAAGAUUCUAGCCAUUCAAACAGUGGACCAAGACGACAACUUUCUUAAGGCCAUACAGGAAGUCCUGAAUGAGCCCUCCUACAGGAUGAACAUGCAGAGACUCUCCAGGCUGCACAGAGAUCAGCCAAUCAAGCCGCUGGAUAACGCCCUCUUCUGGAUAGAGUUUGUCAUGAGACACAAAGGUGCAGCUCACCUGAAAGCAGAGUCCUACAGAAUGCCCUGGUACUCCUACCACUCUGUGGAUGUGUUUCUGUUUCUGGCUGGAGUUUUUAUUCUCAUGCUCUUUACUACUUUUAUUUUCAUGAGGUGUUUAUACACUGCAGUGUGUAAACAUAAAGUGAAAGUUGACUGAUCACUCAAUGUAUAUAUCAUUGUAUAUUUAGUUGGAAGAAAAAAAAUUAUGAAACUUAUUUUGGAGUUGAUAUAAGAAAUUGAUAAAGGAUUUGUUUGACUGUCCAUUCAUGCAACAAUUUGGGAAGCAAACACAUUAUUUUGUUGGUUAGAUUCACUUGGUUGGUUAUAUAUAUUUUUUAAAUAAUUCAUAUGAACGAAAUGGAUGUUGUGACCUGUUUUAGAAUCAACACAACAAGUAAAAUGCUAGGAAUGAAAGACAAUCCAGUU